AUGGUAUACUGUGGUAAACCAAGCAAAGGAUGUGGCGAGUGCAGGUCCAGGAAGAUUCGGUGUGACCAAGCCCAACCGGCCUGUUCGCAAUGCACCAGGGCCAAGCGGGACUGCCCCGGAUAUCGGGAUCAACUGUCGCUAAUGUUCCGCGACGAAAGCAAAUCGGUAGUCCGAAAGGCGAAGGCGGCCUCGACUUAUAAGAAUAAACGAGCGGAGCGGUUGCCUCGCACUGCAAUCCCAGAAGGGAAUCCUGUGCGGUCUGAGCUCAGUACCCUGGUGGAUCCAGACUUUGAUUUCCACUCCGAUCCACAGCAUAUCUAUCUUAUGCGACAGCUCGGGAACUUCCCAUUGGAGAUACAGCCGUCACAGGAGCUUGAAGUCGCCAAAUAUGAAGCAGUCUGUUAUUUCCUGCGAUCCAAUGCUCUCCCCGGCAGUUUCUGGACUAGCGAGACUAUGUCCAAUUUUUUGAUGCAGUCCGGGGGCUCUGCGAGCCAGAGAGCUAUGCAGGCAAGCGUGGUUGCUACUGCCACGGCCAUGCUCUCGCGAGUAAGACGGUUACCAUCGCUUAGAGAUGUAGCCCACCGGGAGUAUGGAUCCGCUCUGAGAUUGCUCAACGGCGCUCUAGCCGAUAUAGAAGAGGCGAAAACAAAUCAAACAUUAGGCGCGGUCAUCCUGCUUGCCAUAUAUGAAGUGAUUACAUCAAGAGCCCCGAAAGAUAUUCACAGUUGGACCAACCAUAUAAAUGGGGCAACAGCCCUACUGGAUAUACGAGGGCCUGAUCAACUCAAGACUAACGCCGGUCUCCGCUUGUUUUUGCACCUUCGGUAUCAGAUUGUGAGGGUCAUCAAUCCUUCCUUUGACUUCAAGCUAACCCCUCAACAGAUCGUCAGCUGCCUACAACGAGACGCACGAGUGCCCGAGUCACUACUCGAAUGCACGAAACUUGCAAUAUUUCUCCAGCCAGCAGAAGCUCACGGCAAUCUCCUGACCAUGAUAAUUGCCAAAGUAUCGAACCUCCGCGCAGACAUCCGCACUAAUACUUACAAAAAUGACCGGGAAAUCAUAUCAGCAGCCUCAGUCAUCGAAGCCGAUUUGAUUGCCUGGCUGGCAGCUCUUCCCCCCGAAUUCAACUAUACCACCCAUGUAAAAUCCCCCUUCGACUCUACCUUCCAAAGGCGAUUCCGAGGCAUAUCGCCAUACGACGAUCAGUACCACGUGUAUCCCACCCAGUGGGUCUGCACUUCGUGGAACCAAUACCGCAGCGCCCGAAUCAUAGUCAGCGAGAUCAUCCUCUCCCGCGUCUGGCAAUUAUCAGACAGUUCCUCUAUGGACUCGUUGUCUGAAGAAUUCCGUCUUCACUGCAGGACGCUGCGGCUAACGAUCCGGCGGUUGGCCGUGGAGAUCUGUCGCAGCGUUCCGUUUCACUUGAACGCUCACCAGAUAGAUAGGGACCCUACUCUUCCGCCGCCUGAAAGCUACCUUGGAGGUCUUGUGGUCCUCUGGCAUUUGUUUGUCGCUGGAGUGGUUGAGAACCCCCGACACGGGUUGCGCCGCUGGGUGGUCAAGUGUCUGGAGUCGAUUGGACACACGUUGGGUAUAGAUCAGGCGUUGGCAGUGGCGGAUAUUGUCGCUGCUGAUCCUGGAGUUUUACAUUCUGUGACCAAGGAAGAAGGCUGA